CAAAUACAUUGAAGUCAAUAACAGUGUUGUUGUUAAACACAAACACUAAUUAAAAAACAACUAUUUGUUUGCCAUAAAAAAGACAACCAACAGAUCCAGUGGUUAACACAACUGUGAGGACAUAAAACAGUGGCAAUUUGGACACCAAUAAUGUCUUCAUUGAACAACUCUACAUACUAUCAGUCGUUGCCGACGGCGGGUGCCGUAGCCGUGACCAAUGAUAAGGGCGAACGGACGAUGCAAAAGGUGAAAGUUCAGAGAUAUAUCACCGGAAGAAAACCUCGUUAUGCCGAUGAUGACGACCGUCGCAUGUCUUCCGAAUCGGAAUCGAGCGAUGAAUCCGAUGUCGAGUUGACCGCCAAUUAUCGCAAAAUUUCGGCCGCAAAUUCACGUAAAGACCAACAAUAUAUGGAUUUCCAAUCAGACAUUAAAACUGAAGACAUGGAAGAAGAAGAUAUUUUAAUACCGACAGAUGACCGACGAUUGCGUCGUUUGGCUCAACGCAGUGUUAAAACUGAAGACGAAGACGAUGAAGAAACUGAUAGACGACACGUGAGGCGACAUGUUCUUCAACCACAGAUAUUGGAGAUUGGAUCUGAAGCUAUGGACAGAGAGGUCACCGAAGAACCUAAGAGACGUCGCGGUCGACGCGAAGUUGAAGACGAGUCCAAUGAUGAAGAGAUGGACGAUGAGAAUGUUGAACAAAGACAUGAAGCGAUUAGAAUGAGGAAAGAGAUUGAAGAGGUAGAGCUGUUGGAUAAAGAUGAUGAUGAAGAUGACGAUGAGGAAGAAGAAUCAGAAUAUGAGGAAUAUACUGAUUCUGAGGAUGAGACCGGACCGCGACUGAAGCCGGUAUUUGUCCGAAAAAAAGAAAGAAUGACAGUUAUGGAGAAGGAUAAGGAAGAACAAAGGGAACGACAACAGAAAGAAAUGGAAAAACGUGCGGCAGAAGAGAGAAAGAGACAAACAUUAAAAAUGAUUGAAGAAGACAUUCGUCGGGAAGAAUUGGAAAAAGAAGAACAGAAGGAAGAGGAAGCCAUUAAACAAGGAAUUAUCAGUGUUCUCACUGAUGAUGAAGACGAUGAAACAGCCUAUGAAAUCUGGAAAUUGAGAGAAUUAAAGAGAGUUAAGAGAGAUAAAGAUGAAUCCGACUCUUUUGUUAGGGAACAACAAGAAGUCGAACGACUCAGAAAUAUGACUGAAGAGGAGCGACUGGAAGAGCUCAAGAAGAAUCCGAAGGUCGUAACGAAUGCACAACAAAAAGGAAAAUACAAAUUUCUUCAGAAGUAUUACCACAGAGGCGUCUUCUUUCUCGAUAAAGAAGACGAAGUUUUUACACGUGACUUCGCACAGCCAACACUGGAAGACCAUUUCGACCGAACAGUACUGCCGCAGGUCAUGCAGGUCAAGAACUUUGGUCGAUCCGGUCGUACUAAGUAUACUCAUUUGGUCGAUCAGGACACCACUGCUUUCGAUGGCGGCUGGAAUCAAGAGACCACUCAAUCGUCGAAAUUUUAUUCACAACACGCGGCCGGUAUGAGACAGGUCUUUGAUCGACCGUCCGGUUCGCGACGUAAGAAAUGAUGACCCAAUCAGUGCUAAAUC